AUGUCUCCCCGCUGGCCGCCGUUGCUGCUGAUGGCCUGUGCGCUGGCGCUGCUGCCUCUGCGGCCCCGCGCGGCCCCGGCCCAGCCCACCUACCCCGGCGACGACGCGCCCGUCGAGGACCUGCUGCGCUUCUACAACGACCUGCAGCAGUAUCUGAACGUCGUGACACGCCCCCGGUAUGGGAAGCGGGCGGGCGGGCGUGUCCUGGGCGAGGAGCCCUUUGGUGCUGCGGGGUGCUAAGUCCCCAGGAACACUGCUGGGGCCGAGCGAGUGAAGAGGAGCCCGGGGAGUGCGGCCCCUGCCCCUCCACCGCACCCUCGGCCCCCCCAG